CCAAACACACAACUCCAUUCAGAGAGAAAGAGAGAAAGCAUCGCGUCUGUUUUACUCAAAUAAACCAUGGUUCAACAAAUCUAAAGCCUCAUUUAGACUCCCGAAACGCACAGACUACCGGGUUAAAUAGCGCAGUAAAGGUAGAAAGGAGGCUAGUGUUUGAAAGAAUGGUCGUUUUGCAAAAUGUUUCUCCUCCAAGAGAAGGAGUGAGACAUGAGGAAGUGGACAUUACCGCCGUGCUGGACGGGAAAAGACUCGGGGCAGGAACUCUUUGCGUUGCAGAAAGUCGUGUCUCUUGGGUCGAUGGGUCUGGAGUAGGAUUUUCUUUAGAUUAUCCUUCUAUCAGCCUUCAUGCUAUCUCCCGUGACCUUAGUGCAUAUCCUGCGGAGCAUCUGUACGUGCAAGUCAACUCCAAACGUGAAGAAGAUUCCAAGGACGAUGAGGUGAAAGCCAAAGAGGAAGCAGAUGGCAGCGGCAAUGAUGACGAGGAUGAUGAUGACCUCUCCACAGGCGCGUUUACAGAGAUCCGCUUUGUUCCAAAUGAUAAAGGUUCUUUGGAGAAUAUGUUCGUGGCCAUGUCUGAAUGCCAAGCAUUGCAUCCCGAUCCAGAUGACUCCGACUCUGAUUUCGAUGGUGACGAGUAUGAUGUCGAGGAGGCUGAGCAGGGCCAGAUCGACAUGCCCACUUACUCGUUUGAGGAGGGCAUGUCUCAGCUGACCAUGGAAGGCCAGACCACACUGGACAGGUUGGAAGGGAUAGAGGGUCAGUCCUCAGCCCCACAGUGCUGCAUGGCUGGAGUCAGGACCGAGGAUGCAGCAGCAGCUGCAUUAAAUGAAGAAUCAAAGACUGACUCAGGUACUCUUGGAAUCUCAGGGCAGUUUGACGAUGCUGAAGUUGACCACUGAACAGUGAGCCUCUUGUUUUCUCUCGGGCAGAAGCACUUGAAGCGGAGCCGGAUCGAGCUAGCAGGCCGAGACACUGAAUUGUGGAAUGGAAGCCAAAGCACUGGGCCUUGUGAAUGUUAAAACUCUAACUCGUUGCACAAUUACUAGCUAACACCAGCCUCCAUUAUUUUGUUUGCUGGCAAUGCUGUCAUACAGUCAAAUCAUCAUUUUAUAUGUAACUUUUGUACUGACCUUUUUUUUUUUUACUGACAAAGACCCGUGCGUACUAAUAUGUUGAUUUCAGUAAUGUAUUAAAUAAAGCCAAAUGUAACCUGCA